AUGCCACCACGAUUUCCUCCCCGCGUUCCGCGCGAACAUAUCAACAAUCUUCCGCCUAUGACUCAAGACGAUCUUGAUGCCGCGCGCAAAGAGUUUCCCGAGGAAAGGCUCCCAUCAAGAGCCCUCGAAAAGUAUGCAAAGAAGCAUUGGAUUGAAGGUCGUUACUUUUGGAAGGAUAAUUUUCGUUAUGUCUGCGGCGCUGAUAUUCAAUACUUUACAGCUACGAUUCCUAGAUACGAAAGAAAGACAAGCCAUAGCCCCCGAAAGAGAACAUAUCAUGUUGCUAAAAAUACUCCGACAUUGGCCAUGAUUGAUCAACCAAAGAAGAGAGGACUCCAGAAGUUGAUCGCACAUCAGGGUGAAAGCGAAUGGGCAUUGCCUCAGGAUCAUCAGCGGCACUUGUUGAAGUUUCCUCAAGAAAUCAUUGAUGCGAUCUCUGGCUGGGUUUUGACAAUCAAGGAUCAUGCAAUCACUCCGGACGUCACAACAUCAGAUUGGGCACAGGUUUUUAAGUCUCAUAAGACCUAUUCCCUGGAUGGUGAACAGAGUCUCAAAUCAGAACUCAGCUUUAACACUGUCAUCACACACCCUUGCAAAGAUCAAGAAGGAACGUACUUUGAGCUUCGAAAGGUAUAUCGCCCCAGGAUAGACGCAACACUAUUACGAGUGUGCAAAAGGUUCAGAGACAAUGCAACCAAGUUGUUGUAUAAGGAAAACGUUUUCCAUUUUGCAACCGUGGAUUGGAGUGCAACCGGUAGUCCAAUUUCUUGGAUCAAUUGUGAGAAUGCACGCGAACGGAUUGGAAACGAUUUAGACUUCAUACAGCAUCCGUUAAGUGAAACGCCACUACUGCUAACACAAUUCCACGAUACAUGGCCAUUUGGUAGCUUCGAGCCCGAUUAUCUUGCCGUCAAUGAUGCCGUUCGCUUGAUCGAAAGCUCUGGGACCCCAGUGCUCGAGGACUGUCGGUUUGCUUACAGCUACCACGACCACUUUUUCCGUUUCCUUCAAACGAUUGGGAAAGAAAAGGCUAAGAUGCUAAAGACCUUACAGUUUAGUGGAACAGUGGUCUUACACAAGUGUCACGGUAACGACUUGGUGCAUUUUCCGAAAUUUAAAUGCCCCAAGGAUUUGGUUGAUACCCUUCGUUUGUAUAUUCCAAUCAUCAAUAUGCUCUGUACCGGUUUGGAGAGACUUGUGAUUGAAGUGCAAAAAGACCCCCAUCUAGACUGGCCGUUACUACUUGAGUUGGGGUUUUUGGACUCUGGCAUGAGUGUUCAUCAAAAGUACAUAACCUCCGUGCUCGAAGGAGACCUCCGAAAACUCAAGACAGUAAAAAUACUGGAAGUCUAUGAAGUAUUUGAGGUCGAGGACGCCGCCUCUGCAGCAGAGCCUUCAGUCGAUAACCCUGAGCCCAGAAAACUCAUGAAAAGAGAGAAGCUUGAUAUCGCAGAACCGGCGAUCGUGUGGUUUAGGGAUAGAGCUAGCAAAUCAGGUAAUGAGAAAGGAGGAAAAUGA